AUGGCCAACUUCAGCUUCUUCUCGUCGCUGCUGGCCUUCUUCUUCACCUCGUCCAAACUGACGCGCUGGGGGGGAGCCCACAAGAAGAAAAUUGACGCCGACUACAAAGAAGGGGGCCAGAGGAACUGGGUGCAGGUGUUCUGCAACGGCGGCGUUCCCACACAGCUGGCGCUGCUCUACAUGAUCGAAGCGGGUCCGGGCGAGAUCCCCAUCGACUUCGGCCGGCAGUACACGGCGUCGUGGAUGUGCCUGUCGCUGUUGGGGGCGCUGGCGUGCAGCGCGGGGGACACGUGGGCCUCCGAGGUGGGGCCCGUGCUCAGCCGAUCGCGGCCCAGGCUCAUCACCACCUGGCGCGAGGUCCCUGAAGGAACCAACGGCGGCGUGACUCACGUGGGGCUGGCGGCCAGCUUGGCGGGCGGGCUGGCGGUGGGCGCGGCCUACUUGGCGUCGCAGCUGUUCUUCGUCGGCGACCUCCAGCCGUGCGGCCCCCAGUGGCCCGUGGUUCUGUACGGGGGCGCGGCCGGCCUGCUGGGCUCCGUCCUCGACUCCUUCCUGGGAGCCCACGUGCAGUACUCGGGUUUCGACUCGAGCGUCGGGAAGGUGGUGAGUUACGAAUCGCCCACCACGCACUGGAUCAGCGGCAAACCCAUCCUGGACAACAACGCCGUCAACCUCUUCUCGUCCGUCCUCGUCGCGCUCAUCCUGCCCGGGGUGGCCUGGGGCGUGUGGCCGCACUAG